ACUACUACUACUACCACCACGUACCACGAUACCAUUCCCACCACAUGCAGUAGACCACGUGAUUCCAUCGUUUAGUUUCGUGCGUGCUAUCCCAUGUGUUGGCAUACGUAUAUAAUUCUAAAGAUACGCAAAGUUUAGAAUUAAUAUAAUAAAGAUGUCGAUAAACGAAGUGGAUUUAGAGGAAGAAGAAUCGAAAUCGAAACUUUUUCACGAGCUAGAGCUGGAUGACAGAAUAUUGAAGGCUAUUGCAAAAUUAGGCUGGAUGGAGCCUACUUUGAUACAAGAAACAGCAAUACCCUUGUUACUGGAGGGAAAGGAUGUUUUAAUCAGGGCUCGUACAGGUUCCGGAAAGACUGCUGCAUUUGCAGUGCCACUUAUUCAGAAAAUAUUAGUAAACAAGCGAAGACAACAGAAGCAGGAGAUUAAGGGCCUGAUUGUUACACCUAGCAAAGAACUGUGCAAGCAAAUUCACGAUGUCAUUGUUAGCUUAACUAUAAAAUGCUGUAGAGAAGUCAGAGUAAUUGACAUCAGUGCGCAAACAGAUCUAGAUGCACAGAAACCAUUACUGAAUGAAAUGCCAGAUAUUGUUGUGAGUACACCAGGUCGAUUAUUGCUGCAUCUGAAGGCGGGAAAUUUGACGCUGAAACGUAGUCUGGAAACGUUAAUAAUAGAUGAGGCUGAUUUGCUAUUUUCAUUUGGAUAUGAGAAAGAUAUUAAAGCUGUGUUAUCUUAUCUACCAACGACAUAUCAAGCAGUUUUAGCAUCCGCCACGUUGUCUGAGGAUGUUCAAGCUUUGAAAAAAUUGGUUCUCCACAAUCCCGCGAUCUUAAAACUAGAGGAACCACCUUUAGCCCCUCCAACUCAAUUGGCUCAUUAUACUCUGGCUGCAGAGGAGAAAGAUAAGGCUGCCAUUUUGUAUGCCUUGUUGAAAUUAUAUUUAAUUAGGGGAAAAUCCAUAAUAUUCGUUAAUACAGUGGAUAGAUGUUAUAAAUUGAAGCUGUUCCUAGAGCAGUUUGGUAUUCCUACUUGUGUUUUAAAUUCCGAGCUACCGGCGACCUCGAGAUGUAGAGCAGUCUCACAGUUCAACAGCGGCACUUACGAUAUCAUAAUAGCGUCAGACGAGAAAGCAUUAGAAGAGCCGCAUAUGAUCCAAAUGAAAAGGGGCAAACGAAAAAAAGACAAGGAAUCGGGUGUAGCGCGCGGCAUUGAUUUUCAAUUCGUAUCUAAUGUCAUCAAUUUCGAUUUUCCGUUGGAUAUAAACUCUUACAUACACAGAGCAGGACGCACUGCUCGCGGGAAGAAUCAGGGAACCGCCCUUAGUUUCGUAUCGCUCAGGGAAAGACCAUUGAUGGAGGAAGUUGAGAAACAAUUGAAGCACACGUACAACCGUGAGAGUUUAUUUAGAACUUAUCAAUUUAAACUGGAAGAAGUGGAGGGUUUUCGGUAUCGCGCGAAAGACGCCUGGAAGGCUGUUACGAGGAUCGCUGUAAGGGAGGCACGAUUAAAAGAAAUCAAACAGGAAGUCAUGAACUGUGAGAAACUCAAAAGUUACUUCGCGGAUAAUCCGCGAGACUUUCAGUCAUUACGUCAAGAUAAGGCCUUGCAUACUGUGAAACUGCAACCGCAUUUAAAAUACGUGCCUGACUAUAUAGUGCCACCGACUUUGAAGAGAACUCUGGGAAUAGGUGGAAGAAAGAGAAAGUUUGAUAGAAAUGCUGCCUCAUCGGGAGCAACAGCUGCCAAAUCGAGACAUCAGGCUCGCGCGUCAAAUCCAUUGAUCAGUUUACGUAUAGCAACCAAUAAAUAAUUCUUUAUAAAUUAAUCGAUCGCCCAUUGUUACGUAUGUCUUACGCAUUUUUUAUUACAUAUAAUAGUUUACAAAAUUAUGUCUCUUUUGUCUGUUUGUAAAAAAAGAAUAAUCAAAAUUU